AUGGCCCAUCUUCAAGCAUCAAAUCUAUUCUCGGUCAAGGACCGGGUGGUCGUGAUCACCGGAGGUGGAAGUGGCCUCGGACGUAUUAUGACCAAAGCCCUAGACGCCAAUGAAGUCUCCAAGAUCUUCAUCCUAGGCCGACGCGAGGACGCGCUCAAAGAAACAGCCUCUCAAACCAUAAACGGCACCGUGAUCCCAGUCCAGUGCGACAUCACCUCAAAAGAAUCUCUUGAUGCAGCCUACAAGGCCGUCGCAGCCCAGACGACACAUGUCGACCUCCUAAUCGCCAACAGCGGCGUGAUGGGCCCGCUCAUGAAGCCCCCACAACCCGCAGCAGACGGGUCCCUCCCGCCUCUCUCGCAAGUCCGCGAUGAACUCUUCAACAUCCCCAUGGAGGAGUUCAAUACCGUGAUGAACGUGAAUGUCACAGGGUCUUAUUACACGGUACUAGCUUUCUUGCCGCUACUUGAGGCGGCGAAUAAGCGACGUCCUGCGCCGCAGGUGGAUGUUCUUGCUGCGCCGACUGCGCAAGUGAUCAUCACUAGCUCGAUUGCCGGGUUUAUUCGCAAAGUGCCGUUUAGCUUUGCAUACAACGCUUCCAAAGCGGCGACCACGCAUCUGGUGAAGAUGCUUUCUACUGCAUUUGCGUAUUACGAUAUUCGGGUUAAUGGCAUAUCACCUGGUCUUUAUUACUCGGAUAUGGCGAAUCAUAUCUUCCAGGCUUCUGGCAUCCAGGGUCGUGCUAUUUCUGAUGGCUCGUUCCCCAGGGAGAUGAUUCCUGCUACUCGUGGCGGUAGCGAGGAAGACUUUGCGGGGCUGAUUGUUUGGUUGGCUAGUAACUCGGGUGGUUAUAUCAAUGGUAAUAUCUUGGUUACUGAUGGCGGUCGGAUUUCGGUUUCGCCUGCUGUCUAUUAA